AUGACUCUGGUGUCUCUACAGAUGGCGCGCACCAUUCUGGCUCCUCUGGAUCGGCUGAAUCGACGUCUCCAAAGUGCUACGUGCACAGUAUCUGACAUGCUUCAAUGUGUGAAGCUGACGAAAGAAGCAGUAGCCAGCCUUCGAGAAACAGCUGACGAAAAGAUUGAAGAGUUUUUGAAGAUGGUGGAGACGAGUGGAGCCGCACUGGAGCCUGUGGCGCUGCCCAGACGAAGGAAGCCGCCUGCUCGACUGACGGGAGAUGCCGCUGCGCAGCACCCAGGAUCAGUUGGCGAGUACCUCAGAAGGGAGUACUUCGCCAUCCUGGACUACACGGCCGUACAGCUAGAUGAGCGUUUCGACCAGCCUGGGCUGCGUGACCAUGAAAAGAUGGAAAGUAUGCUUCUGUGCGACUUCAGCAGGACAAGCAUCGACGGUCGACUCAGCGGAUCUCCCUGGAAAGGGGACUUCAGUGCCGAUGAUCUGGCGGCGCAGCUUGCAGUAGUGUUCAGACGUCAGAGGCCCUCUCAUCUCGCUGAAGCUGCAUCCAUCCUACGCAGCAUGGAUCGAAACGCUCGGGAGAUGUUUCCGGAAGUUGUGAAACUGGUGCGACUGUUGAUGACCCUCCCAGCCAGCUCUGCCACUGCUGAACGGAGCUUCAGUGCACUGAGAAGGCUCAAAACGUGGCUCCGAUCGACGAUGACGCAAAGGAGGGUGAAUGCAGCAGCGGUGUGCCAUGUUCACCGUCAACGGCUGGACAGGACAGAUCCCAGCCGCGUGGCGGACAUAUUCGCCAGCCUCAACUCGUCCCGACAAAGGGUGUUCGGUUAUGGAAAGCGCGGACUCCACUGA